UGUUCACUGCUGACCAUGGCGCCAGCACAAACAGCAGCACCAGCUGCAGCGCCUGCUCCGGCGCCGGUUGCGGUCACCAAGAAACCUUCAGAUGGGACGGGUCGUGACUACAAGUACACACAGGAGAUAUCUCAGAUGAUGUUCGUCUUCGGGGAGAUCCAAGACCCAAAUCCAGAGACAGUCAACCUCGUCGAGGACAUUGUACGUAGCCAGCUUAUUGAACUUAUCCUGCAAGCCCGCCUCCACGCGAACCGGCGUGGUGUGCGCUACAUCACAGCAGAAGACCUCAUCUUCCUCAUCCGUCAUGACCGCGGCAAGGUCAACCGUCUCCGGACAUAUCUUUCAUGGAAGGACGUUCGUAAACAUGCCAAAGACUCGGGCGGUGAUGGAGGGGGUGGCGUUGAGGUUGAGACCCUCGAGGAUGGCGCUGAUGACAAACUAACGACUAAGGCGCAAAAGAUUACUAUCAAGCUUCCUUGGGAGAUUUCAACGAUCUACAGCGAGGUGCUCCGUCAAUCUGGACACCAAUCUGAUGACGAAGAGGACGAGGACGAUAUUGAGGCACAUGAAGCGAGUAUACAACGCCUCAAGGAAGCUGACGAUGCCACACGUCAAAUGACGAGAGAAGAGUACCAACAUUAUUCAGAUUGUAGACAAGCAUCAUUUACAUAUCGAAAAGCCAAGCGCUUCCGCGACUUUCUCAACCUUCCCCCGCACCUGGACCUCAAAGCUAACGACGACACCGUCGAUAUCGUUGGCUUCCUUGCCUUCGAAAUGGUGCGCUCCCUCACACUCGCAGGCCUCGACGUCAAAAAAUCACUUGAAGAAUCAUAUUUACGAGACGACUACCUGGGUACCUCGCCCAUCCUCGGCAAGCGAAAGUCGCACAAUUCACACAGGCGAGGGGAACAACGGGAGAAACGCGCGAGGAGAGAGGAGGAAGAGGAAGAAGAGGCACCGCUGCCUACGAGUUCGCUAUUUUUACCCCCACCAGAAGCGAGGACAGCUCUGCGGCCUGAGCACAUCCAGGAUGCAUUUGCGCGGAUGCAGGGUGACUGGUCGCACCACCGCAGUGCGGGGAUGCGGAAUUGGCGUGGUGGUCUUGUGCGCACGAGAGUCAGUCUUAUUUAGACUUCUCUUGUGGUUCAUACUGUUUGGUUUUGAGAGUAUGGUUGAUACCCUUUAUAUUUGUAUUUCUAUGACCUGCUAGCUAAUACUUCUACUGUAUGAUACAUACCCCAAGAUGUGAGCACGAUCGAAUUGUACUAAUACGAUCUCUGCGACUGGCUAUUGAUUUUGCAGGUCAGACCCGAUGAUCGAGACUGUCACUUUCAUUUCUCUCAGUGUCUCACUUGGUUGUUCUCUCCCUGAUUAAUAUUGCGGCAU